UCUCAACCACUUUAUUAAACUAAUUAACGUCUCUUUCUCCCUCGAUAGAGUCGUGAUACGUCUCUCUAGAUGAUUAAGAUCUUCUCCUGAUUGUUCUCUUCAAGAAAUAAUACUCCUCGCUUAUGGAAGAUGAUCAUUUACGGUGUAACGACAACACCAACGAGGAGGAGCGUUUGCCAUUGGAGUUUAUGAGCGGAAAACAAACAUACACGGCGGAGUUACAGCCGCAGCAACCGCCGCCAUUCUUGGUGAAGACAUACAAGGUGGUUGAGGAUCCGACAACGAACGAGGUUAUAUCUUGGAACGAAGAUGGAACUGGAUUCAUCGUGUGGCAGCCAGCAGAGUUCGCAAGAGAUCUCUUACCAACACUUUUCAAGCAUUGCAACUUCUCUAGUUUCGUUCGGCAGCUCAAUACUUACGGGUUUCGGAAAGUGUCGACGACAAGAUGGGAGUUUAGUAAUGAGAUGUUUCGAAAAGGUCAAAGAGAGCUUAUGUGCAAUAUCCGAAGAAGGAAGAGUUGUCCACACUCGCACUCACAUAACAAGUCUCAUCAGGUUGUACCAACAACAACGAGGGAGAAGCAAGAAGAUCAUCACCUUGAGGAUCAACGCUCUUCAUCUACUUCCUCCUCUUCUGUAUACUCUGCUUUACUCGACGAAAACAAGUGCUUGAAGAAUGAAAAUGAGUUCCUGAGCUCAGAACUAGGGAAGACCAAGAAGAAAUGCAAACAACUUAUGGAGUUGGUGGAGAGGUACAGAGGAGAAGACGAAGAAGGAGAAACCGAUGAUGAUGACAGCGAUGAUCAAGGGCUUAAGUUGUUUGGAGUAAAACUGGAGUAAAAGAUAUGGUUU